GGAACUGCAGGGCAUCGUGACUCGCAGCCGUUUGGAUCACGAGACACUCAAACUCGAAGCCAUGGCCAACAUGAUCGCGGUGGCCUUGGCAGUGCUUGCCGCGGGCAAGUCAAACAAAUCCCAUGAAGAGACAGGCAGUGCCGCAGCUUGCGUGCUCAGCAAGCCCGUGAUGCAGAGCUGUGGGUCGGAGUGCUUCAGCAACAGCGACCUAACAUCUUGCUCAGCCGACUGCCUGCAGCAGAAGGGUGAAAGCUUUGUCUGUGCUCAGUGCUAUGGUCCCAAGAUCCAGUGCUCCAUCGAGAAGUGCAUGGACAAGUGCAGUGAUGAGUUUGACCUCACUGGGGACUGCCAGGUUUGCGUGAUGCAGACGUGCAGCUUGCCGCAUUUUGUGCGCCAAGCAAGUCUGCACCGGCACCUGGAUGCUCCUUUCCUCAAGGAGCUGGUUGCCAAGGCAAAGGCCACUACGUUGUACCCAUAGACGCGUGCUUGCUCCAAUUUAGUUUGUCUGUCCGGGCUGCAUGGCGCAUUUACAUUAAUGCUGUGACCUUUUAGGGACAAACGUAGCCUUGCAUUCAGGUAUCCAUUGGCGGC